AAUAAUGAAUAAUGAAUGAAUGAUACCUCCCAUUCAAACCAACAAAACCUUUACCUCUUCCACUCAGCCAUGGCUUCUCCUAGCUCAACCAAAGUGGUUCACGAUUUCUUCCCCCUUUUCCGCGUCUAUGAGGAUGGCCGCGUCGAAAGAGCACUCGAACAAGUCUUCACGCCUCCAUCUGACAACCCAGCAACCGGCGUUAGAUCCAGAGACGUCGUAAUCGUACCGGAACACAACGUAAGGGCUCGCCUUUACCUCCCCAAAAUCACCUGCGAGGACCAAAAACUCCCCGUUCUCGUCUACAUCCACGGCGGCGCGUUCGUGCUCAACUCCGCCUCCUCCUCCAUGUACGACAGCUAUCUCCACGCAUUGACGGCCAAAGCCAAGGUCCUCACCGUUUCAGUCGAUUACAGGUUAGCUCCGGAGCAUAAGCUCCCCGCCUGCUACGACGAUUCCUGGGCGGUUAUUCAGUGGGUGGUGUCACACGCUCAGGAAAGUGGACCCGGAUCCGAUCCGUGGCUCAAAAGCCACGCGGAUCUUACCCGGGUUUUCCUGGCGGGCGAUAGCGCAGGGGGCAAUAUUGCUCACAACAUGAUGGUGAGAGCAGGUGGGAGUGGGUUGAAGCCGGCGGGAAUGAUUCUGGACCACCCGUAUUUUGGAACCGGGAAACCCCACGAGCUGUGGGACAAGGUGUGGGAGUGCAUUUACCCGGAAUCAACGGGUAUGGAUGACCCGACGCAUAACCCAGCGGCUUCUCUGGAAAUUCUUUCCGGGCUGUUGUGCUCGAAAAUCAUGUUGGUUAUUUCGGAGAAGGAUUUCGUGAGAGAAGGGGGGUUGAAAUAUUACGAGGCUCUGAAGAAAAGUGGGUGGGGAGGCAAAUUGGAGCUCGUGGAUGUGGAAGGCGAGGAACACGUUUUCCAUCUACUGAACCCGACUUGUGAGAAAGCGGGUUUACUGAUGGACCGGGCUGUUGCAUUCCUUAAUAGCCUUUGAAUCAACUAGAUUAUCAUCUCUGCGAUGCACUGAAAAUUAACUAAUGCGUGAUUAAGAACUUGAUUAUAAAAAUGUAUAAAGUGAUACGUAUUAUAUACGAAGUAAUAAGUAGUGUUCAUAGUGUAACUAUUGAUUCUGAAGGAGUUGCUUAUAAAGAAUAUUAGUGGUAUGAUCGAUUGAUCAUCCUAUCCCAGAUCAAUAUUUACUCAAGGAAAUUAAAUUAGACUAAUAUCCAAUAGAUAAAAGCUUAUUACUAAGGCUAAUUGUAACCCAACCUUAAAUAAAUUUAAUCCUCCAUCAUUUUAUUCUUAUUAACUCAAUCAAUUCAGUUCUUCCCUGCAAUCUAAUAUCGUCUAUAUAUCAC